GCCUUUUUUCCUAAAUAUUGAGAAUGUUUAUGGGCUUUUAGUUUAUCUUGCUUUUGCUUUCAAAAAAUAUUCCCUGUAUGUUUUGUUUAGCGCUCAAGUUUGCUUCUAUUUGUUUUUAGGUUCUGCAAUUUUGAUUUUUUUUAUAUCCCAGGAAAGGUUGUUGAGCUAUGGAAUAUAAAUCAUUGUGAUACUGAACAAGAAAAACUAUUCAUUGGCAACAAUGAUAUUUUAGAGGAAUUUCAUGUAAAAUUGCAGUCUAGUUGCUUAAAAGGAGGAUAAGGACACAAGUUAUUGUCAAGUGCAAACCUUUUGCCCUUGCAAAUUAACUGUCUGAUAGUGUUCGCUUACAUAAGCUUUAAGCAGAGUAACCAAAGGAUACGAACAGGUCCCUUAUGCUUGAUGAACUGCUUGCUUAAGAGCAUUGACAAGAAAACUUUAAAGAGGUGGUUCUUCAAUGAUAAAAGGGUUGGCUGAGUAGAAUAUCUGAGGUUGAAUAUUAAGGUUUGCUUCUUUGCACUUGAGUGGAAAGUUUGCUGAGGAGUCUGUUAGCUUUGACUUUAUAAGUAGUGUUACAAAGCUGGAUCAAAUGGACCUGAAAUCCAAUCACACUGCUCCUGUUCUGGCUGAUCCUGCACCGAUAAGCAAGUCAAGAUUAGUAGCUUCCAGUCUGUUUCCAUACUCAUCCCCAGCACCAGUGUUUUCUCCAAAUCUACUUCUAACUGUUCCCAGGAAGAAAACUGGAAUUCUCGAUGAUGUUCGUGCCAGCAGCUGGCUGGAUGCUAUGAAAUCCUCAUCCCCUCGUCAAACAAGCACGAGGGAUUACAACCAUGAGAUUGUAUCAACUGAUACAGAUGUUGCGUAUCGCACAUGGAUGGUUAAGUAUCCCUCUGCACUAUCAUCUUUUGAGCAAAUUACAAAUUUUGCCAAAGGCAAGAGAAUAGCAUUGUUUUUGGAUUAUGAUGGGACUCUUUCACCAAUUGUGGACAACCCAGAUUUUGCCUUUAUGUCUAUUGAUAUGCGAGCUGCUGUAGCAAAAGUGGCAAAAUACUUCCCAACAGCAAUAAUUAGUGGAAGAAGCCGUGACAAGGUAUAUGGUUUUGUAGGACUAACAGAUCUCUAUUACGCGGGAAGUCAUGGAAUGGACAUCAUGGGUCCUGUUAGGGAAUCGUCCGAUGAUCCUCCUAACUGCAUUAGAUCUACUGAUAAGCAGGGCAAAGGAGUAAAGUUAUUCCAGCCUGCUAGUGAAUUCCUACCUAUGAUUGACGAGGUUUUUAACUCACUUGUUAACAGCACCAAAGAAAUUAAAGGAGCAAAAGUUGAAAACAAUAAGUUCUGUGUCUCUGUCCAUUACCGUAAUGUAGACGAGAAGAAUUGGAAAACAGUUGCACAAUGUGUUCAUGAUGUCAUCAGAAACUACCCUCGUCUGCGAUUGUCUCAUGGGCGGAAGGUUUUAGAGGUACGGCCUGUGAUCAACUGGGAUAAGGGGAAAGCUCUCACAUUUCUACUUGAAUCACUUGGGCUUAGUAAUCAUGAUGAUGUGCUUCCCAUUUAUGUUGGAGAUGACCGGACAGACGAAGAUGCAUUUAAGGUUCUGAGAGAGGGAAAUCUGGGAUAUGGCAUUUUAGUAUCAUCCGCUCCAAAGGAGAGCAAUGCAUUUUUCUCCCUUAGGGACCCUCAAGAGGUGAUGGAGUUUCUUAAAUCACUGGUGAAUUGGAAGAAGACAAGUGUUCUCUGAAUACAACAAAUAACAUAGAGAAGAAAAAUACACUGAUAAAAGCAUAGAAUAAAGAUAAAAUUUUACUAUAUCUAGUUAACACUGGGAGGCUUUGGAGUGGACGUGGUGGCGUUUCUCCAGGCCUGGUGGCCUACCAUUGCUGCUCAUUGCUUCUUGUCUUAACUGUAUAUUCCUGCUUCAGUUAUCUUUCUCACUGGUAACCGGUGAUGAAUGCUUCCAUUUAAUAUUCAUGUUUCCCAUUCUUGGCAUUCAGUUUCGGAAAGCAGCCCUCUUCCAUUGGACAACACUAAAUAUUUUUUUCAUUCUUUUAAGCAUGGAUAUUCUUUUAUAUGUAUUUUUACAGACUCCUGAUGGAAUGUUAUUUUUCAUGCAUUCUUCUCUCUCA